ACCACUUUCCAGAUUCCUUCGGGUAUUUCGUUCCUCUGACUGUGUAUAUAACCUGUUGUUCAGUCUGUAAGCUCCCCCUGAGCCCCUGAGCUCAUACCCCCCUUUCACUUUCCAUUUCUAACAUACCAUAGGCACUCUUCAUUCUCUCUCACCCACACUCUCUGGAUCGAGGGGUAAAAGUCAUGUUUUCCCUCACAGAAGCAACCGCAAUCUUCUGGGCCCUCGUAGGCCCCUGGAUGUUCCUCCUAAACGCCUUCUCCUACCUUCCCCCUACCAUCCUCCGCCUCUUCCGCGAAGGCGACUACGCCGCCCUCACGACCCCGUCUCGCGUCCAAGACGCCUGGUUCUCCGCCUUUUGGGCCUGGCUCGGCCCCAACAUCCGCGUGGGCAGGUCGGACAUGAUGGUCGCCCUCCUCGAGGGCCGCGUCACGGACGGUAAAGUCGUAGAGGAGCCCGUCCACCCGCCCGUCAGUGGCGUCGUGCUGGAGAUCGGGCCCGGGUCCGGGAUGUGGGUAGACAUCUUCGCCAAAGGCCGCGACGGCGACGAGAAGAAGAAGGCCGCCGACGCAGCGGCUGGUAUGGCGCGCGGCGGCGUCAGGAGGCGCGUCGCAGACGGCGUGACGAGGGUCUACGGCAUCGAGCCCAAUACCGAGGCGCACCCCGCACUAAGGAAGAACGUUCAGGCUGCCGGACUUGAGGGGACCUACGAGAUCGUCCCCACCGGCAUCGAAUCUCUCUCCGACCCGACGGCGUGGAAUGGCAAGAUUGAAAAGGGCAGCGUCGACUGCAUUGUCUCCAUUCUCUGCCUCUGCAGCAUCCCCGAGCCCGAGAAAAACAUUGCCGAGCUCUACUCCUAUCUCAAGAAAGGGGGCAGGUGGUAUUUGUACGAACACGUCGAGGUGAUGCAGAGCCGGCCCAUCCGUCUCUAUCAGCGUAUCGUCAAUCUGGUUUGGCCGCGGGCCUUGAACGGCUGCCAGCUGUGCCGCAACACUGGCAACAACCUUAAGUCUGCAGGGCCUUGGACAAAUAUUGACAUCCGCCAACCCCAUGAUGAGACAUGGUUCCAAGUAGUACCACACAUUUUCGGAACUUUUACCAAGUGAUUCAUCGAACAGGCAAGGCGACCAGGCGUUAGCCCAGCCAUCCAAUUACUAGUCCACGAUCCAAUGGGUCAACCUAUAGUGCUAUUAUUUUUGCUACCG